UUGUUGUUCGGCGGCGGCGGCCGCAGCUCGGGUGCAGCCGCCGGCCGGUCCGCGCGCGCGGCCAUGGAGCUGGAGGUGCCGGACGAGGCGGAGAGCGCCGAGGCGGGGGCCGUGACCUCGGAGGCGUCCUGGGCCUCGGAGAGCGGGGCGGCGGCAGGCUUGGCCCAGAAGAAGAUGGCCCCGUCGGAGGCCCCGUCGAUGACUGGACAGCUGGGCCCCGGCCACGGGAAGAAGUUGGGUCAUCGGGGCGUGGACGCAUCUGGCGAAACCACCUACAAGAAGACCGCGUCCUCCACCCUGAAGGGGGCCAUCCAACUGGGCAUCGGCUACACCGUGGGCAACCUGAGCUCCAAGCCAGAGCGUGACGUGCUCAUGCAGGACUUCUACGUCGUGGAGAGCAUCUUCUUCCCCAGUGAAGGCAGCAACCUCACCCCCGCCCACCACUUCCAGGACUUCAGGUUCAAGACCUACGCACCUGUCGCCUUCCGCUACUUCCGGGAACUCUUCGGGAUCCGACCAGAUGAUUACUUGUACUCGCUGUGCAACGAGCCACUGAUCGAGCUGUCCAACCCCGGCGCCAGCGGCUCCCUGUUCUACGUCACCAGUGACGACGAGUUCAUCAUCAAGACGGUGAUGCACAAGGAGGCCGAGUUCCUGCAGAAGCUGUUACCUGGCUACUACAUGAACCUCAACCAGAACCCGCGGACGCUGCUGCCCAAGUUUUACGGGCUGUACUGCGUGCAGUCGGGCGGCAAGAACAUCCGCGUGGUGGUCAUGAACAACAUCCUGCCGCGCGUUGUCAAGAUGCACCUCAAGUUCGACCUCAAGGGCUCCACGUACAAGCGGCGGGCCAGCAAGAAGGAGAAGGAGAAAAGCAUUCCCACCUACAAGGACCUGGACUUCAUCCAGGACAUGCCCGAGGGGCUCCUGCUGGACGCAGACACCUUCUCCGCCCUUGUCAAGACGCUGCAACGGGACUGCCUGGUGCUGGAGAGCUUCAAGAUCAUGGACUACAGCCUGCUCCUGGGCGUGCACAACAUCGACCAGCAGGAGCGGGAGCGGCAGGCCGAGGGCGCCCAGAGCACCGCGGACGAGAAGCGGCCGCUGGGCCAGAAGGCCCUCUACUCCACGGCCAUGGAGUCCAUCCAGGGCGGGGCCGCGCGCGGGGAGGCCAUCGAGUCGGACGACACGAUGGGCGGGAUUCCCGCCGUGAACGGCCGAGGGGAGCGCCUCUUGCUGCAUAUUGGCAUCAUUGACAUUCUGCAGUCGUACAGGUUCAUCAAGAAGCUGGAACACACCUGGAAGGCUCUUGUCCACGACGGGGACACCGUCUCUGUCCACCGGCCCAGCUUCUACGCAGAGCGCUUCUUCAAGUUCAUGAGCAAUACGGUCUUCCGGAAGAACUCCUCCCUGAAGUCCUCCCCGUCCAAGAAGGGCCGUGGUGCGUCAUUGGCUGUCAAGCCCCUGGGGCCCACGGCCGCCUUCUCGGCCAGCCAGAUCCCCAGCGAGCGGGAAGAUGCCCAGUAUGACCUUCGGGGGGCCCGCAGCUACCCCACGCUGGAGGACGAAGGCCGGCCCGACCUCCUGCCCUGCACGCCGCCAUCCUUCGAGGAGGCCACCACCGCCUCCAUCGCCACAACCCUGUCUUCCACGUCCCUCUCCAUCCCAGAGCGAUCUCCCUCGGAGACCUCAGAGCAGCCACGGUACCGGCGGCGCACACAGUCUUCCGGACAGGAUGGCCGGUCCCAAGAGGAGACACACGUGGAGGAGGACCUGCAGCAGGUCACGGUGCAGGUGGAGUCCGCGUGCAGCGUGGAGAUCGUGGUCCCCAAGGAGGAAGACGCGGGGGUGGAGGCUUCCCCAGCCUGCGCCUCUGCUGCUGCCGAAGCAGAAACGGCCAGCCAGGCCUCGGAGCCCGCCAGCCAGGCCUCGGAUGAGGAGGACACGCCCGCCACUGACAUCUACUUUUUCACCGAUGGGAGGUACUGGAUUUACUCUCCCCGGCAUCGCCGACUGCGGGCCGUGACGCUGAGCUCCUCAGGGACUCCCGCCGACGAGAGGAGCUGGGUGUACUCCCCGCUGCACUAUAGCGCGCAGGUCCACCCAGCCUCCGACGGCGAGAGCGACACAUAAUUUCUAUGCAGUCACCGACCCAGAGCCGAGCGCUCGCUGCCGCCCUGGCUGCUUCCCGGAGGCGCCGCCCGCCCGCCCGCCGGACCUCGCUCCACGACGGCCGCGGCCCCCAGCUCCCGUCUACUACCUACGCCUGUUGAGACUGUGAACCUCCCUGAGUGUCCGAUCAUGUAUUUAUUUUGGGUCCUUACUCUUUGCACAAAGACGGCAGCACACGUGUGCUUUUUUAGAAAAAGAUAAAAAAGGAAAAAAAAAAAAAAAAAAGGACGUGAUGGGAAAAGAAGAGAAACCACCCCACCGCACCUUGUGGUUCUUUGCUGUGCUUGAAUGUGUCUCGCCGAGAGAACGAGGCCAGUUGGCUUCGGGGACCUGGCGCCCUCUGAGGGGGGCCGGUCACCCAGGCUGAAACCCACACUCCGAGGCUCCGCCUCUCCGCUUGGACGGGGGCGCCGAGGAGGGAAGGACCACGGAGUCCCCGCCGGUGCCUGGGACCACAGGCCCCCCUGGCUAGGUGUUGCGGCCAGGCACGUGACACCCGCCCUUGGGGGUGGCCGACCGGUGGUCUGGGGGGCGGGGGCUCUCCACCCCGCUGAUGCCUGUAAUCUCUGCAUCUGUUUCCCACCAUCUGCCUGCCAGCUGACCUGUGAGUAGGAAUGGCCGGCGGCCGCCCCUCUCGCCAGAGCUCAGGACGGUGGGCUUCCCUGUGGUCCCCACGCGGCCUGCUCACUGUCCAGAAGAGGGGCCCAAGCGAAGGGAGACGUUGGGCCCCAGGCCGUGGGACUUCCGGAGAUCACAUCCUGGCACAGGGGUCCCCCCCAUGGUCAGGCUGCCCAGCUGUCCAGUUCCAGGCCCCCCAGGACUGGGAUGGGUGUUUGUUUGUUUGUUUGUUUGUUUGUUUUUUAAGACAGCGAUGCAUCUGUGAGUUAAACGACAAGAGAAGAAAUUCUUCGUGAAAAACAAAAAAUUUUCUAGUUUGUCAUCUUCAGCAGGGGCAGCCCCUUCCGGGCUCAGAGACCCCAUCGUGUCCAGAGGGGACGGUGGGAGCCAACAGCAUCGCAGGGUCUGUCCUGCCCCCGCACAAAUGCACUCCCACCUCUCGAAAGGUGACACAGUCGGGGUGGCUUCCCCCUGCCCACUCUGCCCCCCACUGGCUGGCUCGCUCGAAGCCUCGCCUGGAAGAGUUUCUCCCAGCCCUGGCCUCCCUGGUGGAGAACCUGCUGAGCUGCAUAGUUUGCCGUUCCCUGUGUGGACCCCUCGCCUGCCCUCGUGUCCCCUCACCCGGCUCGCGUCGUGCACCUGGAGGGAGCCUGCUGGCCUGGCUGCUGUCCGCUCCUCCCUGGAGAACCGGGUUGCGUGCUGGGGGCUGUCCCCUAGCUGCUGGCACAGGGGCUCCCGGGACGUGCCAGCAUGCAGCCCUCAGACGACCCGUCACAACAAGCCUGUGGGUGUCCCGGAUUAGAAGCAAAACUAUGUCCUCUCCCUCUUGCCCAAGGAGCCUUUGUCCAGACCCUGGGAAGCGUCCUCUCCUGGAUCUCAGACCAGCAUCUGUCUGCGGGUGCCCUGGCUGCAUGCCGCAAGUCGCCGGUCCAUCCCUACCCCUUCCCAUCAAGGGGAUGACGGCGGAGCAGACAGAGGUCCGGAGCUGCAUCUCAGACCUUGAUGACUAACAAGGACCACUGUGUCACCCGGAAGCCGGUGUCAGAGCCCGUGCCCGGGCACGGAUGUGAGUUCUGCGGGGAUGACCAGAGCAGCAGGCACUGUCCCGGAGCAGCGCGCCCCGUGUCCAGGGCGCGCUCAGCCACCUGGAGCUUCAGGAGGGAGCGGGGGAGCCCUGCUGGCCCCCUUGGGCUUUCCUGAAUCGCGGGACAAAGGCAUUGCUGGGACGCUGAUACAAGAGAAGUUUGCAAGCCUCCUGGAUAUCACGACGUUUCUAUUCUUGUGCAGGUCACUAAGACCCCCUUGGAGACCUGUUUUGUGCUGGUUGCAUCCUUUGUCCCUUUUCAGAGAACUGUCACGUGGAUGCUAGCGUGGCCUGCAGACUGUGCCGAUGGGAGGGGUUUGCUUACUUUCCGGGCAGGGGGCAGGAAGGCAAGACUUUAUUUAUAAUGUGUAGCAAAUUCAUGGCCUUUCCCAGCUCCCACCCCCACCCAGAGGAAGGCUCUGGACCCAGCCAGCUGUCACCCACCCCCCCACCCCCAGCACAGGAAUCUAAAUUCCUUCGUGGCGACACCCUGUCUCCCCUCCUGGCUCAUCUCUGAUGGCUGCAGUCCCUGAGAGCUGAGAGCCUGAGCGCUGGCUGGCAGUCUGUGCAAAAGAAAGGCAUUUCCUGAGACUGUCUAGGUGCAACUUCCUGAGAGCCCUCGCUGGCCUCUGUCCAGCCUCGCCCCCUCCCUCCACCACUUGGCUCAGUGCAAUACUCCCCUUCCGGUUGGGGUCCCUUGCCAUGGUACUGUCGCUGCAGCCCCUGGGUCCGCACUGCGGGUCAACGCCCUCCGCCGCCUUUUCUCUGGUGGCUCAGUUGCAUCGCCUGCCCCGCCCCCAUCUCGUUUUUAUGGUCGAACUGAUUUCAAAACAACGAAACUGCAAACCUCGUGUGUCUUAAUUCUCUCAGGGGGUUCCGUGUGCUCAGCCCCUAUGGUCUGGUGUGUGACAAUCUGGAGCGCGGCCUCAUCGGGCACAGAAUGCCGUCUCGCUCAAACCCAGAGCCGUGGGCACCUCUGUAACUGUGCAGCCGCUGCUGGCCCCAAAUAACAUAUGCAGCCCUGGACCCCCGCUCCCCAUCCCCGCCACCCCUCCUUCUUUUUACGUUGGAGAGAUCUCUCUAAUAAAUCGGGUAAUAAGCAUCA